GUGUGUUAACGAAUAAUUAUUUGCGUCGAAAACGAUAAUGAAAACAAAUGUUUGAUUUAUGAUAAAAUGAAAUAUCUUAACAUAGUAUAAUUAUUUGUGAUGUAGAUGUAGUGUUAUCUGUCAAAACCGUUAUAACAGUGAGCCUCGUAGAGUGACAAAAACAAAAGAGAAAGUUUUUGUAAAAUCUAAAAAUGGCAGAGACCACCGGCGAUCAAUCUCAUUCUAUAAAGUUACCACCUGCAGUUGAAGUAUUUGCAAAUUUAAAAAACGCACAAAAAUUUGCGAUCGACGUAGGUGUUUCAUUGACUAAAAUAGCAUACUAUUCGACAAUUAGUUAUCGUAAGGCAUUAUAUGAUAACAUAGGUUUGGGAAAUACUGGAGAACGAGCAUACAAAGUAUUUGAAGGAAAUAGAUUGCAUUUUGUUAAAUUUGAAACAAGACAUUUUGCAAACUGCUUGGAUUUUGUUAAAGAUAAUUUAGUAAAUAUUGAGCAAUUUCAUGGAAAAAGUAUUAAAGUAACAGGAGGUAGAGCUUUUAAAUAUACACCACUCUUACAGGAAAAACUAGGUUUAAUAGUGGACAAAGAAGAUGAAGUACGCUGUCUAAUAAAGGGUUGUAAUUUUUUACUGAAACAUAUACCAUGUGAGGCAUUUGAAUUUGAAAGACAUGGAAAUCCUGAAUAUAAAUUUCGUAAAACAGGUCCAAAUAUUUUUCCUUAUAUGCUUGUUAACAUUGGAAGUGGAGUCAGUAUUUUUAAAGUACAAUCAGAUGAAGUAUUUGAAAGAGUUGGUGGUACAGCUACAGGUGGAGGUACAUUUUGGGGAUUAGGUUCAUUACUUACUAAUGGAAAGGGCUUUGACGAAUUGCUGCAACUUGCAGAACGAGGAGAUCACCGUAAUGUAGAUAUCUUGGUAAAAGAUAUUUAUGGAGGUGAUUAUACUUCUCAAGGAUUAUCAGGAGAACUUAUUGCAUCAUCUUUUGGAAAAGCAAUGUUUGGUGGCAAUAAUCGUGAACAACAAAAAUUCUCAGAAGCUGAUAUAGCACGAAGUCUUUUGCUAACAAUAAGUAAUGAUAUUGGACAAAUAGCCAGCUUGUAUGCGACUUUACAUAACAUGGAUAAAGUAUAUUUUGGAGGUUAUUUUCUUCGAAACCAUCCUCUUUCAAUGCAUACUAUUUCUUAUUCCAUCAAAUACUGGUCUAAUGGAAAAGUCAAACCUCUUUUUCUUCGUCAUGAAGGAUAUCUUGGAGCAAUUGGUGCGUUUUUAUAUGGUACUGAACAGCCAGAGGAAUAUAGCUGGUUAGAAAAUUAUGCUGGUUCUUCCGGUUUUAAAGACUCAAUACCUUCUAAUCUUGGAAUUAAAGUGGAACAGUUAGAAAUUGAUCAAAUUGAAAAUGCUGUUACAUUCUGUCCAUUGUUGAAAGAUCCAACAUCGUAUAAUCCAGACACAACAGACCUUGUUGAAGAUAAAGAAGCUAGAGAUUAUUGGCUUCACUGUUUUGAAGAAUCUGUGGAUAAAUUUGUUGCAAGAGCUAUUCUUAGCCAACCUCAAAAUCCGACAGCGAAAGAUAGAGCAUCAAAACUAAAAGAAAAAUAUAUAAAUAGAUUGCAUUACCUUAAUCUACAACCUUUUGCAUAUGGAAUUCUUACUGUAAGAACAUUGCUGGAUACUAUAGAACAUUGUAUGAAAGAAUUUGAUUUUCCAGAUCCUUACCUAUAUCAAAAAAAGAAGGAAAAUGAGGAGGCAUUAAAACAUUUGAAAGAUCGUAUAAUUGUAUUAGACAACUUAGAUGGAGUAGAAAAAUUAAGAGCCUUGAUAUUAGGAGUUCUUAGUGGUAAUAUGUUUGAUUGGGGUGCAAAAGAUGUUGCAACUUUAAUGGAAACUACAGAUUUUGGUUUUAAAGAAGCACAAGAAAAAAUACCUGGUAGACCAUGGUUAGUGGAUGAUUUAGAUGAAUGGAUACAUAGAUUACAAAAUGAUGCUCCCCAUAAAUGUGCAGCUAUUUUUGUUGAUAAUAGUGGAGUAGACAUUGUACUUGGAAUUCUACCAUUUACACGUGAUUUAUUACAACGUGGAACCAAAGUUAUUUUAUGUGCUAAUUCUAUGCCAGCUUUAAAUGAUGUAACUUAUCCAGAAUUAGUUGUUAUAUUACGGGAUGCUGCUAAAAUUUGUAAAGUAAUUAAAGAAGGUUUAAAAGAGAAUAGAUUACUUGCCAUGGAGACUGGACAAGCUGGGCCAUGUUUAGAUUUAAGCCGACUGAAUUUAGAUCUGUGCCUUGCAAUGGUCAAACAUAAUGUCGAUCUCAUAGUUAUCGUAGGAAUGGGUCGUACACUUCAUACUAAUCUUUAUGCUAACAUGAAGUGUGAAUGUUUAAAACUAGCAGUUAUUAAAAACCGGUGGUUAGCUCUCCGAUUAGGUGGUGAUAUGUAUGCUGUAAUAUGUAAGUAUGAAAAAGCACAAAAAAUAAAUUGUGAUAUAGAUUUAAAUAUAAUUGAACAACAAGUCUACUCUGAAACUCAUAAAAAAGCAGAUGCAUGUUCAUGUGUACGUAAAAAAAAAUCCACUGAAGAAUCAACAUAAAAUGAUUAAAUAUAAUUUAAAAAUAUAAUUAUAGAAAUUAUCUAUUGAUUAAUUCAAACAAAAAAAUAUGAAAUACUACUCAUUUAAAGCAUUCUGACUGAAUUAUUAGUAUUAUUUUAUUUACCAUUAUUUGACAUUUGUAACUUUGUACCAAUGAAAAACAAAUGUUAAUGAAGUUUUAAUAUGAAUCAAGAUUUAAAUAGUAACUGUAUAACUAAAUUUAUUAUGUUUAUUUAUCUUUUAUUUUGAAUGUAAUUUAGAUAAACUUAGAUUUACUGAAAUUAAGAAAUAUCUAAUUUUUCUAUUAUCUAUGUAAUUGUACAGUAAGAACUGUGUGACAAUAAUGCUUAUAAUGUUCUUGGUCUGUAUCUAUUUUAACAACUAUUUACUGUUUCAUUGAAAAUAUAAAUGUUUUUGAGAUUAUAACAGAAUUUAUAAGAUUAACAUUGCAUUAAGAACAUGCACUAAGAACAUUAAAAGAACAAACAAAUGAAAAAUUUUAAUAGUAUAAAUAAUAGCACUGAUAAUCAAGGUAGCAUUCUUCUAAUGCCCGAAAUUUGUUAUUAAAUAUUUUACCAAACAAAAUGGAUAUAUAAAAUUUAAUCAAUGAAAAGUGUAUAAUAUCACAUGGUUUCUUCAUAAAAAUUUUAUUAAAAAAAAAGAAGCAAAAAAAAUAAAAUAAAAGCACCAACUUAUUUUAACUAUUAUUUAUUAUAAGUAUAUUGUUUUUUUAUUA